CGCGAACGGUUUACAGUUUAUUUUGAAGCGUUCGCAAGACAAAGACGUAGUUUGCGUCAAAUAUGGCGGACGACGAACACGAUGUAGACAACUUUGAUGAUGAUAUUGAUGAUGAUGAUGAACCUUUGGAUGAAGCAGUGGAAACUCAGGAGGAUGGUGACCAAAUAGAUAUAUUACCAGCUGACCAGGCCAGUCAACCAGUGGCGCCACAGAAGAGAAUCACAACUCCAUACCUGACAAAAUAUGAACGUGCUCGAGUAUUAGGAACAAGAGCACUGCAGAUAGCGAUGUGUGCGCCUGUGAUGGUGGAGCUCGAGGGAGAAACAGAUCCUCUGCUGAUUGCGAUGAAGGAACUUAAAGCCAGGAAGAUUCCCAUCAUCAUUCGGAGGUACCUACCCGAUGGCAGCUACGAGGACUGGGGAAUAGACGAGCUUUUGAUGACAGAGUGAUUCUUUUCCUACUAGGACUGGGGAAUAGACAAGCUUUUGAUGACAGAGUGAUUCUUUUCCUACUAGGACUGGGGAAUAGACGAGCUUUUGAUGACAGAGUGAUUCUUUUCCAAGUUUUAAUGAGAGACUGACAUUAUUUGUUGUGCGUUUCAGAGAGAAUGGAUGUGUGAAAGAUACCAUUUUUAUCGUUUCAUUAAAAUUCAACUAAACCACA